GAUGACCUUACAUUGAACUCUAGUUUGUCAACUACACUAUCUACAUAGAACUUUGUUGUUUAAAAGAAAGAUUUCAUUGUGCUUCACACAGCCCACAAUAUGACAUUUUUCAUGCUGGUGGCUAUGCAUCACCCGCUGUUGAUGCAUUAUGCACUACAAGUGAUGUAUCCAAAUUGGAAAGUGAAUUUCGUAAUCAAGCAGGUGAGAAUAUAUUAACUGUUAUACGUACAAGAGGAAUUGAUUCUAUGGCUCCACCUGAACAAAGAUUUCGCUCUGCCCUGUUUGCAGUCAACAGUUCUCAUCAUCUGUUAUCAUUUUUAUCACGUAUAGUUCCAAGUCCCGAUUGGUGUACAGGUUUAUCAAGAGUUGAUAUAUGUCUACAAAAUUGUUCAUGGCCCUUAAGAAUGCAAUUUCGUUUAGAACCAUGGGAUGCUGGCGUUAUGACUGGUAAUACAUAUAUUCCCAUUGAAAAUUCUGAAAGAUUAAGAGAACCAAAACCAAUGUGUCCAAUAACACCUGAUUUACGACCAAAUACUCCAUUUACUGUUUUGACUGAUUACGUAUCUCUACCGAAUUCGGAUUCAUUCAGUUUAACUAAUCUACAUACCAGUGGUUCAAAUACAUUUAGAAAUCCUAAUUUAGGUUUACCAAUGUCAGAUCAAAUGAAUCUAUUAAAUAUUCCAUCGACCAAUGGACGUAUGCGCAGACAAUUUGCACGACUUGGUACUGUUGAACUGGAGUUAUUACGCAUAAAUGAGCAUGAAUCUUGUGCUACCGAAGUUCUUCAAGAAGAUCAAGCUAUGUCAAAAGCAUCAAAUUUUCCCCGUCGUGAUUCUUAUGGAGGGUCUUUUGAUAUAAAAAGUGGUACAACAGAGAGUGACACGAAAAGAACACCAACUGACUUAUUGGGGGCUCGAUGUCAUUUAAGUGAAUGGUCACCAUGGAGUCCAUGCACUCAAGUCGAUUUAGAUACUUGUUCCACUAAUGAGGCUAAAUCAUUCUGGACCAAUACACCACCUCGUAUGUGGCGAACGAGACAUAGUAUAACCCAAUCGAAUAAUGAAGACUGUUUAGCUGCUAAAUUAAAGGAAGAAAAAGCUUGUGAAACGCCUACAGCUAAACAAACCUGUGGACCAAUUCCAAUUAGUACACCUAAUACAAGAAUGAAUUUUAUGGAUACCUGUAACAAAUUACCUUGGGGUCCAUGGUCUACAUGUAUUAACGCAACAUGUACGCGUCCAGGAAUGAUUUAUCGUUGGAGGCGGUUUCCUGAUCAAGCAUCUAAAGUAGCAUGUGAAAGGCAUCCACUAGCAAGCCAAGUUGAUACUUGUUGGCCACCAUCUAAUUUCCAAUGUUCUUUGACGGAAUUACAAACAGCAUGUCUUGAAGAACCACCAACUCCACAAAGAUUAUGUGUUAGACCAUUGAACACGACUAAACGAUACUACUACUCUUCAGCGACGAAGCAAUGCAAAGAAUUUGAAUAUGUUCCUGAAUGUCAUCUUCGUGCACUUGUUGCAAAUCAUCCAAUUAGUUUAACCAGAAAUGUAUUUAAAGAUCGAAACACUUGUGAACAACUGUGUACAAAUAAACAAAUUCAAGCUGAUGCUGUUUGGAAUCCGAUUGUUAAAAGAGAAACAGAGAAAUUACAGCACAAAUGUGAACAGUCAUUAAUGAAAGGAUCAUUGUGUCAGUCGAAUAAAAUAUCUUAUAGCUGGUAUUAUGAUAAACAAUUUAAUAGAUGUAUAUCUUUUGAAUAUCUCGGUUGCUAUGGAAAUGAGAACAAUUUUAGAACAGAAAAGGAAUGUAUCACUCAAUGUGUCUACCGCGAUAACACUACAAAUGAUUUAGAUCAAUUAAAUUUGACAAACAAUAAUAAUAAAACAUCACUUUUAAAUAAUACUUAUGAUAAGUGGAUUCAAAUGCCUCAAGAAUGUCGGUAUACGCAAUGGACAGAUUGGUCGAGUUGCAGUACUACCUGUGGACAAGGAAUUCAGACCCGUGUACGUGAACGAAUUUCAUCGAAAUCAGACAACUGUCAGAAAAUUUUACCGGAACUUAAACAACAAAUGAAUUGCUUACUUAAGGCUUGUUAACUAAUAAUCACAAACUGGUCAUUUCUAAGUUUUUCCAUUUUCCUUAUACAUAUGUUAAAAUAUUUUUCAGUUAUUCAUUACUACUGACCGAGAUAUACUACUCAAGUAAAAACAAAUUAUAAAUGAAUACUUUUCAAUAAUGAUAUUUGCAUGGAGUUCAUAGUUUCGUUUUAGUACAUAUACUGUGUUUUUUUUUCUUUUCCAAAUAACCUGUCACUUGUUGACGGUUGUUUGCUAUUUUAAAGUAUAGAAGAUUAUCGAUGUUAAAUGUUUGCAUUCCGUUGUUAAUUAUCUAGCAUUUUACUCCAACUUUUUUCUUUUUUUCUCAUCAUUAAACUAUUCGUUUUGUUCUUGUUAUUAUUGCUUGUAUGGCUGCAAUAAUUAGUAUUGUUAUCAUUGUAAACUAUGAAGUGAAUGAACCUUUUAAAAAAGAAAAGCAACUUUCAGCGAAUAUUUAAUAGAUAUUUUUCUUGUA